AUGGACGAAGUCGCCAAACAUACGACUGAGGAUGAUUGCUGGGUUGUCAUCAAUGGUGAGGUAUUGGAUGUCACAGACUUCCUCCCCAAGCAUCCUGGUGGAAAGAUGGCCAUUCUUACUUUUGCUGGUAAGGAUGCAUCCAAGGAGUUCAACAUGAUCCAUCCGGCUGGCGUGAUUGAGAAGUAUGCUCCCGACGCUACUUUGGGACCACUUGUUGAGAAGGCUGUCGGUCCUGCAGCUGCUGGUGGUGACUUGUCCCAGCCUCUUCUUGCUGACCAGUUUGAGUCCAAGGCUCUCACUGAACAGUGGUGGGGUGAGGAUCGUAACAAGUCGGACAUGUUCGGGCCACUCGGACCAUCCAUCAGCUCCUACGCCAUCUCUCUCUGCUACCUGAUUUGGAUGUUCGUCAUUGACACUCUCAAGACUAUCUUCAGUGUCAAGAAUUACAAGGUCCUGUCUGAUAAGUCUGGGUUGCAGCGUUCAGCUAUUUUCAUGAUGGUCUUCGUCACUAUUCAUGCUCUCGGUAACAUCAACCUGUUGGUUGGUGAUAGGAACUUCGAGGGUUAUGCUUAUCUCUUGAACCAUCCCUGUCCUUGGAGUACACUAUUCCUCCCUGUUGAGAUUUAUCUCUUGCUCGCCGGAAUUCUUCAUGUUGUCGUGGCUACUGUCCGUACCUUCAAGUUCAAGUCUAUGAACUCGUCGUUCCGCGACUUGGAGAUGUUCAUCACUG